AUGAUUAUGCAAAAUGUGUGCAUCAAUCUGCAAAGAAACAAUCUGACAGGAACCAUCCCUCCAUCUGUGGGGAAUUUGUCAUCCCUUCAAGUAAUCUAUGCCAGUGAUAAUAAUUUCUUUGGGAGAUUCCCUCAUUCUCUAGGCCAAUUAAUGAAUCUUACUAUAUGGGAUCUAUCCACAAAUGGGUUUUCAGGUACCAUCCCACCAUCCAUCUUCAAUCUUUCUUUGAUUGUGCUUUUUGAUGUAGCUUAUAAUCAGUUUGAAGGUAGCCUUCCCUCUGAGAUAGGCAAUACUUUUCCAAAUAUUAAAUUUCUUUUCAUCUCCUUCAAUAACUUCACGGGUUCAAUUCCUAUUUCAAUAUCCAAUGCUUCAAACAUAGUCAGACUUCAGCUAGGUGGUAAUAAGCUUACUGGGAAAGUGCCUUCCGUGGGAAACCUACACAAGCUCGAAGGGUUUUCUGUUUCAAAAAACUACCUGGGUAGUGGCGAAGAUGAUGACCUAAGUUUUCUCCCAUCCUUGACAAACGCCACAGAUUUAGUAAGAUUAGGAAUAGAGGAGAACAAUUUUGCAGGGAGGUUACCUCAACAAAUCUGCAACUUCUCAAGAAACCUCUCAAAAAUAUAUUUCAAUGACAAUCAAAUAUAUGGAAAAAUCCCCAGUGGAAUUGAGAACCUCAUCAGCUUGACAAUUUUCCAAUUAAGUGGUAACAAACUUUCAGGCAAUAUUCCUUCUAAUAUUGGAAAGCUUCGAAACCUCAGGAUAUUGUAUUUUUUUACCAACAAUUUCUCAGGCUACAUUCCAUCAUCUUUAGGAAACCUGACCGAGUUGCUUCAAUUCAGCUUGAGAGAAAAUAAUCUUCAUGGCAAUAUCCCUUCCAGCCUAGGGAAAUGCCAAAAACUGCUAGCUUUCGAACUUUCUUUCAACAAUAUUAGUGGUACCAUACCCCCACAACUUAUGAGUCUCUCCUCUUUAUCUAUACUUGUUGAUUUGUCUUAUAACCAUUUGAAUGGUGAUCUUCCCAUAGAAGUUGGAAAGUUGGGUAGCUUGGGGGUUUUGGAUGUUUCUAAUAAUAUGUUGUCGGGUAAGAUUCCUGAAAGUCUUGGAAGUUGCAAUAGUUUAGAAGUGUUGCUCAUGGAUGGAAACUUUUUCCAAGGGCCCAUUCCUUCAUCCUUUGAAUCAUUGAGGGGUCUUCGAGUAUUAGAUCUUUCCCGUAACAAUUUGUCUGGCAAAAUUGCAGAGUUUCUGCAAGAUUUUAAGUUAUUGGCAAAGUUAAAUCUAUCAUACAAUGAUUUUGAAGGUGAAGUGCCACUAAACGGAGUUUUCAAGAAUGCAAGUGCAACAUGGAUCAAGGGAAAUAAUAAACUUUGUGGUGGGAUUCCUGAAUUUCAGCUGCCUAUAUGCACUUUUGAUCAUAAGUCAAGAAGAGAAUGA